CAGGGCACUCGCACUCCACCUCCGGAAACUCCUACGAGACACUCUCAGAGGUUACGUGAGAAGGAAGCAGCGCAUAGUUCUGAGAAAGUUUCUGAAGACGCAAACCAGGAUCAUGAGGACCAUGUCGGAGAAUCUCAUGUGGCUGGUGGUUCUAGAUCUCCCUCAAGGAAAAGCGAGGAAUUACCUCACCUAACGAUGUCCUUGAGAAGAACACCACAUGGAACCACGGAGGAUGUUGUAUCACAUGAGUUGCUAUCACAAAGGAAAUCUCCGUCACGAAGUCGCCGAGCUGCUAAGGAGACGGAAAUAUCGACAUUGUACGCCAAUGCUUGA